AACGUUACAGGGAAACCUGUCUUGCUUGGAUGCUCGUUGUAAUUGGCGGUAAUCUCAAACGACUUGUCUCAUAAGUCUGGCGGAAAUCUGACGGCAACACAUGCAUGAUUCAUGAAUACCUACAGGUUAUUCUUAGGACGGGACUGGGCAUGUGCGGGAAACUGAGCAGGGGCCUUGGGCUUCUUGCGGUUUCUUCAAUCGCGAAGUGGCGAGUUACAAAUGCGGUCAGAAGGUAACUUUAUAUAGUCAAGCAGUUAGACAGGCACCGGGUCUUAAAACCAAUAGGGGGACCGCCUUACCUGAUCUGAUUGAACUUGUGACGAGACUCGUGGCACUGUGUGGAAUCGCGUUAGCGAGGUUACUCCCACGCAAGAGGAGACUGCUUCUACCGGAGAGACAGACAAACCGGAUACGCUGAAACUUCAGAUUCAUCAUGAAGUCGAAAGGACACCCAGCCGGUUUAUGGCUGCUGUACGUCUACGGGAUCCUGUUACUGCUGCCCUGUGCCAACAGCGCAACUUUGCCUUGUCUCCAGGCCUGUCAGUGUUACCAGCAUGAGGUUUACGGCAAAACCAUGAACUGUGCACGGAAAGGCAUGCACAUGCCGCCACCCAGCAUCCCCAACCCCACCAGAAAGCUCGUUCUGCAGUACAAUUCCAUCCACAUGGUGAACCACACUCUGAACGGACCAGGAUACAGCCUGCUCUACUACCUCGACUUGAGUGGGAAUCAAAUGGUAGACUUAGACCGGGACGCUUUUGCCAACACCACAGAACUCAUGGACCUGGACUUACACUUCAACAGACUCCGCUUCCUCCACAAGUCCAUCUUCCGCCCCAUGAAAAAACUGCGUUGGCUCCACCUGUACGGGAACGCCCUGACGUUUCUAGAACCGGAUUUAUUCGCAGGACUCACCAAACUGGACGGGAUCUACUUGGGAUGGAAUAAGAUCAGAUCACUGCCGAUGGGAAUCUUCAAAAACCUGCCUUCUCUCCAGUAUCUGUACCUACAUGAUAAUCAGAUAAAAUAUUUGAAUCUCGGACUGUUUGAAGACUUGAUUCAGCUGUACGAUUUAAAUCUUGGCGGGAACCACCUGUCCUCGCUUCCCCUGGGGAUUUUCAAGCCACUGCGGAACCUCAUGCGGCUUUUCCUGUACCAGAACAGGUUUUACCGCCUUGAGGAGGGUGUGUUUACGGGACUGGACCGGGUGGAGCUGCUGUGGUUCCACGGGAACAAACUCGCCAUGUUGCCCCGGAAGGUGUUCAGUGAUCUGCCCAAACUCCAGGUCAUCGAGCUGGAUGCAAACCUACUGGAGAUGUUCUAUGGAGACGCCUUAAGGCAAAACAAGGGACUGGCACAGCUGGAAAUCCUCCUGCUGCAGAAAAACAACCUCUAUGAACUGCCCAACAACGCAUUCCACGAGCUUCAUCAACUGUCUCAUCUAGACCUGAGCGACAACUACAUCCGCGCCGUCCAAGAGGGGGCAUUUAACGGGCUACGGUCACUCACUCAACUGUCACUGCAGGGAAACAAGCUGCGUCAGAUCCCAGAAGCAGCAUUUUAUGGAUUAGAAAGCCUCAGUCACCUAGUCCUAGCCAGUAAUGUCUUAGAAAAGCUGCCAGGGAGAAUGUUGCAUGGUCAGUCACAACUGUUAGAGUUGUUGCUAGAGAACAAUCAAAUAACGGACAUUCCAGAAUCCUUCCUUGAGGAUUGUUUGUCCCUGGAGAAGCUGUCCAUUUCCAACAAUCGUUUGAGUAGCCUGUCGAAGGAUGUUUUGGCUCUACCCCCUCUGACCCGUGUGCAGCUACAAGGGAAUCCUUGGAAGUGUGACUGUCACCUGAAAUGGUUGCGUGAGUGGAUGAGCACAACUGCUGUGGACUACAGACCUGCUUACGGUGUCUCCAAAGUGGCCAGCUGCAGCUCACCAUUGCAACAUGCUGGCAAACCAAUCAUCACAGUGUCUGCAAAGGACUUUGUUUGUAAAAACAGUGAAAAUCAACUCAAGGAAGAUGUGGAUUCCAAAGAUAUCGAUAGUGAGACGGCUUCUAACAUUAUCUACAGAGAGGGGCUGUUGCCAAUCAUUGUGAUUGAAACGAUGGAACCUGUACAUUCUGGGGAUGGAGAAUAAUGUAAUUAUGAAUAUACAUGAACAUCAUACAUUGUACCAAGUCCACAUACAUGUACAAUUAUUAUUAUUACUUGAAAUACCUCAACAUAUCAUUAUUGGUAUACCGACUUAAAAACAUCUGAAAAUAAUAGACAGGAAUU